CAUUAUUAUCAACUAGCACCGAAAAUGGUACUUGUAGUAAAAUACAAUCCUCGAUAACUUCAUUAACACAAAGGAGCCUACAAUUAAUAUACUAAUACUAGCUACUUUACUAGUACUAUUAAUUAUUAAUAUUCACUACUAUACUAUAGCACAAAAAGAUUAUCCUCUGUUUCCAUGAUUAUUAAUUCACCUUACCCAACACUUCCAAACACUUUGUGCCAAAACCAGACCAAAGUGCUACUCUUGAAAUUUUAUCAACGGAAACAAUGUUCCAAAGAAUCUGCAUUUUGUUAAUCACAGUAAUUCUGAGUUCGUUUUCACCACUUGGAAAAGCAAUGUUGAACUUAACACUUCCCGGAACACAUCCUGACCCUGAAGCUGUUGCCCACGAAGUUCAUAGGAAGGUGAAUGCUUCAAUGGCAAGAAGGGAAAUGCUAUCAUCAGAAGGAUCAGCAUGCAUGACAGGGAACCCAAUUGAUGAUUGUUGGAAAUGCGAUCCAGAAUGGCCAAACAAUCGACAGAAGUUAGCAGAUUGUGCAAUUGGGUUUGGUCAGUAUGCAAAAGGAGGAAAAGGUGGUGAAUUUUAUGUUGUAACAGAUUCUUCAGAUGAUGAUGCGGUUAAUCCAAAACCGGGUACGUUAAGAUAUGGUGUGAUACAAAAUGAAGCAUUGUGGAUCGUGUUCCCUAGUAAUAUGUUGAUUGAGUUGAAGCAGGAAUUGAUAUUUAAUAGUUAUAAGACUAUUGAUGGACGUGGUGCUGAUGUUCAUAUUGUGGGAGGAGGGUGUAUCACUCUGCAGUAUAUUAGUAAUGUUAUCAUACACAACAUUCAUAUUCACCAUUGUCACCCCUCAGGUAACACAAAUGUGCGAUCAAGUCCAGAACACUACGGGUACAGAACAGAAUCAGACGGUGAUGGAAUAUCUAUAUUCGGUUCAAAAGACAUAUGGAUCGACCACUGUACACUCUCACGUUGCAAAGACGGAUUAAUAGACGCCAUAAUGGGGUCCACUGGAAUAACAAUAUCAAACAACUUUAUGUCACACCACAACGAAGUCAUGCUCCUUGGACACAGUGACAAUUACCUCCCUGACUCUGGAAUGCAAGUCACAAUUGCAUUCAACCAUUUCGGUGAGAAACUCAUUCAGAGAAUGCCACGUUGCAGAAGAGGUUAUAUCCACGUGGUCAACAAUGAGUUUACUCAAUGGGAAAUGUAUGCUAUUGGAGGGAGUGGUGAACCAACUAUUAAUAGUCAGGGAAAUCGUUACACUGCACCCAUUAACCCUUUUGCUAAAGAAGUUACUAAGAGGGUUGAAACGGAACAGAGUCAAUGGAAAGGCUGGAAUUGGAGAUCUGAAGGUGAUAUUUUGAUUAAUGGUGCUUUUUUUAUUACCUCUGGUCAAAGUCUUGAGAUUAAGUAUGAGAAGGCUUUUAGUGUUGAACCUCAAUCAGCUGAUCGCAUUCUUCUUCUUACCAUGAAUGCCGGUGUUCUCGGUAAUGCAAGGGACAAUAAUGUGGGAAUGUGGAGUAGAGGUCCAAGCGGCAACAACGAUGGUGUUUCAUCAGAUUCUGGUCCAUAUUACACGGAUGAUAUGUCGGGAACUGGUUUAGUGGUGUUGUCGUAUUCUUUUACUAUGUUCUUGUGCCUCUUGUUGUCUUAUAGAGUCAUACAAUUAAUAGUUACUCAAUGACGACGAAUGCGUCUCCUAUGUAAUCGAACACUUUUUUUAUUUCUAUUUCUCGUAAUUCAAUUCAAAAGGCUUUGCACCUCUCUGCAACUACUAUCAUUUCAACUCAAUCUUUAUUUGCUUCAUUCA